CGCGCAUCAACUACAUAAUCAACAACUCUUUUGAUUGCUAAUUGUCGCGCUUUCUCUGUUUUUCUCCCAGAAGAUCUCAUCUCUGUUUUCACAUCUCCUCGCGAUCUUGAAGCGGCUUCUAACUGGUUUUACGAACGCCCUUACUGCCCAGACCAGGAUGUCUACCGUCGAUAUUCCCAAGAUCGAAGCAGGGAACCUGUUCAAUGUCAAUGGCCUUGUAGCGGUCAUCACUGGCGGUGGUUCAGGACUCGGCCGCAUGAUGGCAAGAGCACUGGCAGCCAAUGGGGCGGCAAAAGUCUUCAUUAUCGGUCGGCGUGAAAACAGCCUGAAGGAGACUGCCGAGUCUGUCCCCGGAGGCACCAUAAUCCCGCUGGUGGGAGACGUGACCUCGAAGGACUCGCUUCAACAAUGUGUUGAGAAGGUCAAAGCGGAGGUCGAUUCUGUCGAUGUCCUUGUAGCGAACAGCGGGAUAUCUGGCCCAUCGGUGCCGACGGUGGAUUCCAACCAGAAUCCUGUGCCCCUUGAGGAUCUAAUCAAGAAUAUGUGGAAGCCCGAGCCCGCGGAAGUAACGCAGACAUACGCCAUCAACAUCACGGGUGUCCAUUUUACCAUUGCGGCAUUCCUCCCACUUCUGGAUGCGGCAAACAAGAAGAGACCUGCCCCGACAAAGGACAACUUCACACCUCGUCCCCAGAUCAUCACUACCGGAUCUAUCGGAGGUUUCAAUCGCAAGCCUCUAGGUAAUCUCAGCUAUGGUGCCAGCAAGUCUGGGGUGAUGUUUCUUUCAAAACAGCUGGCGACGGCCCUUAUACCUUAUGAUAUAAGAGUGAAUACGAUAUCCCCGGGACUCUACUAUUCGGAAAUGACGCACGGAAUGUACCAAGCUCAAGGGAAGACCGAGAUCCACAAUGUCGAGGGCACUUUCAGCAAAGAGAUCGUCCCUGCAACUCGGACCGGCGAUGAGCAGGAUAUGGCAGGAGUCAUCUUGUGGCUCUGCUCGCGAGCGGGUGCAUAUAUCAAUGGAUGUGUUGUGGUCACGGACGGAGGGCGGCUUAGUGUUAUGCCUUCAACAUAUUAGACGAGAAUGAGCAGCAUGCCGCGUAGCAGCAGAUAGAUCUCUAGAGGUAUAGAUGGAUGGGACUGCGCGUUGAAUGGGUAGAGUUGCGAGAACGAGGCUCCAACAAUCGCCCGCACGCUGUACCAGGGGACGUGACUUGGGCAAUAAUACACCAUUGCGCACCACACC